AGAUGUAGCGAUGGGGGAUGGGAAACUCUGUUAAAAGGUCAAUAAAUGCGACAGGCAUGACGUCAUGAAGAACGACGGAAACGGAAGCCGAGCGGCAUCGCGUGUGUCUCAGCCGCGAACAUUUAAUUGGAAAGCCGAAUUGAAAGACCUUCGUGUUAUAUAAAAUCUACUAGACAAAAAAAUGAAAAAGGCAUUUGUCUAUUGUUUAAUUAUGUCGGGCUCUAGAUCUUGCGCCUGAUUAGCGUGUCCUUGGCGAUUUAAAGGUUCUCAUGCAGUUGUAGCUGGCUUGACAGCUCUCCAAGCUACGCGACUGACAACACAGAAACUGAAGAAGAAAUGAUGCAGCAGCACUAGUGGUCACAGUCUUUAGUGACACGUACAGGUCCAUAUAGUGAACUUGUAGAUGCACAAGAUGGAGGAGAUGUGCCAGGCUGACCAGGGAGCCAAAGAGGUACAAUUUAAAUGUGAAGAGGAGGACUCUGAAGAGAAGAGCAAUGAUGAGGAAGGGGAGUAUUUCAGAUUAGACAAGAAGUUGUGCUGUAUGUAUGAAAAUAAGAUUGUACGCGUUAAAGAAGAGAAUCGCGAAUGGGAGUCUGUCCUCCAUAAACAGGAAAACCUCAGCACUGAGGAGGGAGAAUGUGAAUGGAGAGCUAUUGACAUUAAAGAAGAAGAUUAUGACCAGAUAUCGGAUAGUGGUAUGCAAAAAGAUGAAACUCUGAAUAUAAUUAAGAAAGAAGACUUUAAAGCAGAGUCCGUCUCUCAGUGUAUUUGUCCAGAUAAAGAGAGAGCUGGAUUAGACUCAACUCAGAGUGGACCCUGCUCUCUGAUGGAGCCUGACAGGAAGAUGGCUGAGAAGACACCACGUUUAAGUAAUCCUGAAGAACCAGAUUACCAAGUCGACCACUGUUCUGUGCCUUCAUUUAAUCAUGCCUCACUUCAGGGCGAAGCUCGACAUAAACCACAGCAGCAGCAGCAGCAGGAGGAACAACUAAGACUUCCUACUGGUGAGAAAAUUUAUUGCUGUAUGGACUGUGGAAAGCAAUUCACACACACAAGUAAUUUUCGGAAGCACAAAAGAAUUCACACUGGAGAGAAGCCAUAUUGUUGUACAGAAUGUGGAAAGCAGUUCCUGUACACUAGCGUUCUUCAGAACCACAAGAGGAUUCACACUGGAGAGAAGCCAUACUGUUGUAAGGAAUGUGGCAAGCAGUUCACACAGUCGGGUGCUCUUCGGGAACACGAAAGAAUUCACACCGGAGAAAAACCAUAUUGUUGUACGGAAUGUGGCAAGCUGUUUACACACAUGAGCAGUCUUCGGAAACACAAUCGAAUUCACACAGGGGAGACCCCAUAUUGCUGUACAGAAUGUGGCAAGCAGUUCACACAUUUAAGUGCUCUUCAGAAUCACAAGAGCGUUCACACUGGAGAGAAGCCAUACUGCUGUACGGAAUGUGGGAAACAAUUCAACCAUUCGCGUAGUCUUCUGGAACACAAUAGAAUUCAUACUGGAGAAAAGCCAUUUUCCUGUACGGCCUGUGGCAAGCAGUUCACACACAUAAGUAAUCUUCGAAAACACAAUAGAAUUCACACAGGAGAAAAGCCAUACAGCUGUACGUCAUGCGGCAAGCAAUUUGCCUGCAAGAGUUCUCUUCAAAAACACGAAAGAAUUCAUACUGGAGAAAAGCCGUACUGCUGUACAGAAUGCGGAAAGCAAUUCACACAAUCGAGCGCUCUUCAGGCACAUGAGAGAAUUCACACCGGAGAAAAACCUUAUUACUGUACAGAAUGUGGCAAACAGUUUACACAGUCAAGUGGUCUUCAAAGUCACAAAAGAAUUCAUGCUGGGAAACGUGCAUUAAGCAAAAAAUUAAGGGAGUUGGAUACAGUGCAGUGGUCAACCGAAGAUAAAGAAGAGAUUGUGUAUUGCUGUCCUGGCACAGAUACACUAUACCAGACAGACUUUGAAGCCACACUUCAUAAAGAUUAAUGGACAGUGAUGAAAUUCUGAGCACUUGAGACAUUUAAAUCCUUAUAGACUGCCCCCAAAUAAAAAAAAAAAGAUGGUACAAUCCCGAAUUUAGUGAUUAAUAAGAAAUACGACUGGCAAAAAACACAAGUGACUGCACUUUAAGAAUGGAGACCCAAAAAACAAAUCACAAAAUGCGAAGACCUACAAUUUGAAAUAAGCCAGCUGUGGAAUAAAACAGCUGAAAAAUAUCCAGUCCUGCCUUGUGCCGUCAUGCUGUAGGAGCUCCGGUAAGAGACGUUAGGAGUAAUGCUCCCCCAGUUUAGAGCCUUUGCAGUAAACGGAAGAAAAGCACUACAAAAAAAUGUCACAACUUACAAGCAGUGUUCACUCCUUUCAUGGCCAAACACAAAAAAACUAAACGGAUACAAGAACAUCUGAGAGAAUAAUACAGAAGCCACCAGGCAACAUUUCUGGCAGAAAGCAUGCUGACAUGUCGAGUAAGGCAAGUGCUUUGCAAAAAUGUGUUCUGUUUACAGAAAUGAGAGAACUGGCAAGUCAUCCUCACAGGGUUACAAGUCCAGAAAUUCAUUUUUAGGUGAAAAA